CUGGCUGGAAUCGUGCUCCGAGGUGCGUGGGAAGGGAGUUCGGCGUCUCAAAGAGCAGUGCUCGGAUAUCCGAGGCAAAUCCUGGCUUCCAUGUCUCCUCUUUAAAUUCACCCCCACCCCGCGACUCUCAAGAACUCCAGAAAAAGAGAGAGAGAAGAGGCUGCGCCUAGGUUCUGCUCCUUGUGCAGUUUGCUUUUGACAGGCAGAGACAGAAAUCAGAACAGAAACAACCCUCCGGGAGUCCUUGAAACUGUCCCAUCGUUUCUUUAACCUGCAUCUCCGGAGACCGUCUAUGUGUAUCUCUGGACUAGAAGGAGGGAGAGUUCCAGACAAACUUACCCCCCAACACCUUCUCCAGAAAGCACAAUUUGGAGUUAAAACUGAGAGAUAAACGGUUUGCAGUAAUUUCUGAUCCUCCAAUGGGAAACAGAUUCGCGCAUGGCAGCUCAAGAAAUGUAAUCGCAGAGGACUAUGAAGUUUUGGAUAUGGGGAUAUCAGGACUUUUUGCACUCCUGGUGAUGUUUCUCGGUUAUAUAAAGCCAGCAAAGUCGACUCCACUCCACCCCAUCUGUGACAUCAGAGUGCUGGACAAGUACAUUAGAGAAGCAAAGGAUGCUGCAGAUUCAACGAAACAGUGUGCGGAAGCCUGCACUCUCCCGGGAAACUUUACUCUUCCAAAAACCAAUGUCAACUACAGAGAAUGGGAAACAAAGGACUCAGGAACAAAAGCCGAGGAAGUUCAGACAGGUCUCAAGCUGCUCGCAGUUGCAGUCCAGAAGGCCCAGAACAUGACUGUGAAUAGCAACAUGCUGUAUCUAAUAGAAAGGAGCUACAGUAAUAUCCGAAGCAUCACGCAGAUGGUGAGGAGUUUGAGAACCCCGGAUAUCCUAAAUCGAGAACGGGAACUGCAGACCACUUUUAACACGAGAACACUGAGAACCAUUUUUCACGCAUAUUUAAAUUUCCUACAAGGUAAAGUCAGACUGUUUUUCCUUGACACAGAAGCUUGCAAUCUGGCAACAAGCUGACAGUCCCAGCUGAACACCAGCAGACUCUGAAGGAGCUUCUGAAGCAGAUUAUAAGCUGUAACCUUUGCAUUCUAAGCAUAACACUGUAUAGCACCAAAAAGGAGCGUAGAGAGAAGGAACAUCGAUAAAAGGGUAAAGAAGAAGAUGGCCUGGUUCAUUUGGAAUAUAAUGUUCGAAAGAGGAGCUGAAUGUCCAACGGUAUACUGUCCAGCCACGGAGACUGUGGUAACCGGAAUAUAAGCACUCUCAAAUUUUUGAACUCGAGAGAGACAAAGAGAAAAUACCACACCCAUGGAGCCAUUUUGAAUUUGACAGAUCUACAGAAGAAAGUGUCUGUUUAUCGAUGGUGUUGCUCACUGUUGAGGGCAUUGUUUCACAGAGUACUGUGCAGACAGGACACAUGGGUUUCAUGUCUUUUGUACCUUUUAAGCUCUAUUACACCUCAGAUCUUUGUUAUUGCUUAACUUGUGAACUAAAGUUCACUGGUAACCUGUUAGAAGUAUUGUAUAAAUGAUGAGAACUUGAUUGAAUGUUUCAUUGAAUUGUGUGGGAAGAAGGUGACAGAAAAGUUUAAUACUAUUGCUGAGUCACUGUA